AUGGCUUUCAAGUUCUUCGCCCUCGCCGCCCUGCUGGCCGUCGCCCAGGCCGGAGGCCCCGCCGCCUACAGCACCCUCACCCCCGCUGUGGGCUACGGCUCCGUGGGCCUGACGCAGGAGAGCACCGUCAAGGGAACCCUGGGCGCCGGGAGCAUCUCGCAGUACUCCAGUGGCGUGGACACCGCCCACUCGAGCUCUCGCGUUGCUAGCUCCCGCGUGACCAACGACAAGGAGGUGAAUGAGGAUGGGUCGGAGGAAGUGGAGGAGGAGGGUGAGGCGGAGAAUGAGGAGGAUCAGGAGGAAAGGAAGGUGGUGGUCGAGGAGGCGGAGGAGUGGGAGAAAAGAAGGUGGAGUGGAAGUAGUGGUGGAGGAGGCGAUGAGGUCUGA